AAAGGUUGUAGGGCAGGAGAAAUCCCUCGAAACAGGUUGACCCUCCUCCAUCUCUGGCAGAUGGACAAUACCAGAAUGGGCUCCUUUUUGGACUAUGCAAUUUGUAACCGUGGGACUAGUGCCUACUCACCCAGAGGAUACCACCACUUAGAUCAAGGGACACCCACCUAUCCAGCGUGCCCAGGUACCACUACCAGUGACAUUUAUAACGGUGAUGGACGUUUUAUGGUAGGGGGAUCUGGUCCAGUCUCCAAUCAGUUUCACCAGCAGAACCCCAGCUAUCAUCAUCAUCUUCAUCCCUCAAGCGCAAAUUUAGCCUAUGCCAGCUCCAUCCCUAGUUACACAUCACAGACUUGCAACCAGGGAUAUGGGCACCAAGUAUAUCUUAGCCAAGAAGCAGAAGGAACCUAUUUCCAGAAUCAGCCUUAUCCGACCAACACAGCUUCAAGCACUGGCUCAGAAGGAUAUUGUGGAGCAGUGCCAGGAAACGUGCAUUUCCAGCAGCACUCCUAUGGUCAGGAACAGCAAGCCUUGCUACAGGGCUACCCCAACCAUUCCCCCUUAUUGCACGAGGACAAGGACCUCUCCUGCCAGCCAGAGCAGGCAUCAUCUAACCCGACCUUCGACUGGAUGAAAGUGAAGAGGAAUCCACCAAAGACCACGAAAUCAGCGGAUUAUGGGUUGACCUCCCAACAGAACACCAUGAGGACCAACUUCACCACCAAGCAGCUAACGGAGCUGGAGAAGGAGUUCCACUUUAACAAAUACUUGACACGGGCCAGGCGGGUGGAGAUCGCUGCCACACUAGAACUAAACGAGACCCAGGUGAAAAUCUGGUUCCAGAACCGGAGGAUGAAGCAGAAGAAAAGAGAGAAGGAAGGAUUCACUACUGGGGUCACCAAGGGCUCAUUAAAGGAGAGCAGUGAGGCAUCAGACGUGUCCAGUUCCAACUCACCUGACACCUCUCCGAACUCUUUGUAAGGGACCACCAUGGACAGAUCGCACUGGAUAAAAAAAACAAAAAACAAACAAACGAUUUUUUUAUGCAGAGGGUGUAAAUAGUCUAUUUUCUUCUACAAAAACUCCUUAUUUAUAUACAGACACUCGAUUGUUUGAAAUCCAUUGAACAAAGGGAGCUUAGACAGGUUCUCUCAGGGAAAGUCUAUGAUGUCACAGGAGAUGCACUUUAAAGGCACCUCCAUUUGGUUGCUGGGCUGCCCACCUCUGUGGGUUUUAUUUAUGUAUAUAUGUCAAGUAUUUCUUCAAGAUUCCAACCAGAUUGUUUUCACUCCAAAAAUGAGUGUGCGCUAAUAAUGAAACACAUUUAAUGGUGGCCACACAUGCAUUUAUAUUAUCAUUCAGAAGAUCUUUCGAUGGUAUUAAGCCUAUCCAAUCGAAAAAAAGACUUCAAUCAAUCAAUUUUGUUUCAUUUUCAACAGAAUUUGCCAAUCACUUCUGAUCGCACAAACUAAUAUCUGUGUGUGCCAUAGAAUCGAUCCUCAUACAGAUCUAUUAUAAUUUCUAAUCAUUUAUCAAUGAUCCAUUGCAUUUUUGAAUUAUUUUCAGUUGACAGCAAAGCACAGAAAACAAUAUUUAUGUAUGUUGCAUUAAUAUUUUAAUUAAUGAUCAAUGACUUUUAUUUAAUUUUUUUGGACGUAUGACCCCCUUUAUAAUUGGUUUCUUCAAAAUAACUACAAAACCAGUGCCUGUAGACCGUAAAGAAUGUGUUUAAAACCAAAAUGAUAAUCCCGAUUGCCUAGUCUAUGUAAUUUACUAUGAUUGCUAAGUGACAUUAUGUUGCUUUCAGGAUGCUGUUUGCCGAUAAGUAACUUGUUCAAACG